GAAGCCGCGUCAAAUUGGCUCCCCGCUGUAGGAAUCAUCAUAACACAGCAGAAAGUCCAGUGAACAUGAGCGGUCAGAGCCAUGGUAACCAGGUGGAAAAAUGGAGGAGGGUCGCCGAACUCAUCUCCCAGCUGGGUUUGGUAUCAGGCGAUCAGGACCAGCCCAGGACAGCGGCGCAGGUGGCACAAAUGUCCACACACGACCUGCUCCAGGACCCGGUACGGGCGGCAAUUUACCACCGUGGUUGGGAUGAGCGUACGGCUGACAUACAGCGCACGCUGCAGCAGCCGUCACCAAGAGCCCCCAACAGACACGCACAAAAGGCGAGGCCGAUACACGAGCCGCCAAGGCGGCCGCAACAACCAACGGCCGCCAAGACGGUAAAUAAACCCAGCUCCGAUGCGUCCAGAGGACCGGAACCGGCACCCAAGACGCUCGAAGCACCUCCCACACCACCAGUACGGACAAGGAAAGAGGCUCAGCAGGCGAGGAACAAAAAAAAGUUCCUCAAGUUGAAGGAAAAGAGGAAGGCUAGGAAGCAGGCAGCAAGUCAAAAUCAUCGAUUAGCCAAGCACCCGACACCAACCUCUUUAUCCGAGACAUCCAGCGAAAGCAGCGAUGAAGAACAUGACGUAUGUAUUAUUCAUAUCACGUAAUGUAGAUUGUUAAAUUAUUAAAAACAU